CUGGUGACCAUCAUAGUUUACGAGCGGCACAAGGCAGCAAAGGAGAAGAAGGCCGCCGAGGAUUUCCCCCUGCUGGCGGGUGGCGCCGGUAGUGGUCAGGUGAACGCUGGCGGAGACGCCAAGGCCUCACCCUCCCACAGUCGAGCGCGUCAACAGCUCGUGUUUGCAGUGAGCGACGCUAACUGCGCUUGCUGUACUAACGACGCGACGAGAGUGCUGGGUCUGCUGACCACGAAUCUACGCGGAGUAACUGCUAACCUCUGCUCGCUCUUUCUCCCCUCUGUCUCGCAACUUUUUGCAGGUCGUUGUGUAACGCUCCUCACCCUAAAGAACAGCAGGAAGACAAGAACCAGUAUCACCUACUCGGCUGUCAUAAAGUCUUAG